AGGGGGAGGGAAGACGCAAGGCGUCGCUUGUGGCGUGCAACUGUUUCCAGGUUGCGCUCCCGGAAGCAGGAAGUUACCGGCCCACCCCUCCUCGCCGGGCGGCUGGUGUCCCCGAGGCGGGAGGAGCCCGAGGGGGCGCGGGCCCGCAUGUUUCAGAAGCCAGCUCCUCCACACCUCCCCGUGGGGCAGCGCUCACCUCAGCCAGAGCCGGACCUUCCUUCCAGAGGGAUUUCGUAUCGGAAGACAUGGAUUUUGCCGCCAACGAGCUCAGCAUUUACGACAAACUUUCAGAGACUGUUGAGUGGGUGCGACAGACCGGCCAUCAGUGUGGCAUGUCGGAGAAGGCCAUCGAGAAGUUCAUUAGGCAGCUGCUGGAAAAGAACGAGCCCCAGCGGGGGCCCCCUCAGUACCCUUUGCUCAUCACUGUGUGUAAGGUGCUCCUGACGCUGGGCUUAGUGCUGCUCACCGCCUGCUUCGUGAUCCAGCCUUUCAGCCCCCUGGCGCCUGAGCCUGCGCUCUCCGGGGAUCACAGCUGGCGCGUGCUCAUCCGCCACAUCCGCCUCCUGUCCUUACCCAUCACCAAGAAAUACCUGCCCGAGAGCAAGGGCGCAGCGCUGCCCACGGCGGAGGAGGACAGGCACUUGGCAGACCCCGACCCCUGGUGGCCCUACAGCGGGGAGCACAAUGCGUCCGAGCCCGUCCCUGCAGACUGCGUCGUCUGCGCCCACGCUCUGCCCCUCGAGGUGAUGCUCCCGGAGGACACCCCGAGGAUGUUUGACCGCCUCCGGCAGCUGGUGAUCAAGACUGGGCGGCCUCUGCGGACAGAGGAGAUCCACCGCUUCCUGUGCCAGUACCCGGAGGCGACGGAAGGCUUCCCCGAAGGGGUUUUCACCCAGUGGCGGAGCUGCUUUCCCCAGCGGUGGUUCCCGUUUCCUUACCCGUGGAGGAGACCUCUGAACAGAUCACAAAUUUUACAUGAACUUUUUCCUGUUUUUACACACCUCUCAUUUCCGAAAGAUGCCUCCUUAAAGAAGUGCUUCCUGCUUCAGCCGGAACCUGUUGUGGGGAGAAAGAUGCAUAAGGUGCACGACCUGUUUGCAGUCGGCAGCGGUGAGGCCAUGCUGCAGCUCAUCCCUCCCUUCCACUGCCGGAGACACUGUCAGUCCGUGGCCGUGCCGGUAGAGGCAGGGGACAUCGGCUACACGAGCGCUGCCCACUGGAAGGCCUACAUCAUCGCCAGAGGGGUCCAGCCUUUGGUCAUCUGCGAUGGAACCACGCUCUCAGAACUAUAGGCAACAGAGCUACCUACUAGAACAACUUUGAGACCCGAAAGCCAGUUAAAAGGAGAAAUAAAAACAGACAAUGAAACCACUUUCCAGGGCUUGGUCGCUUAGUUGCCUGCCCUUUCCAUGCAUGCGUGAGCCAGCGCGUGCUGGAGGUGCCGACCCUGCCCCUGCCCGCUACCCCAGACGGACUGGAGGACUCAGGCCCGGCUGCUCGGCCGGGACGUUGCAGCGCCUGCCUGUGAGAAACUGGGCUCUUCCAGACCCACGGGCACUGCCAGGUGCUGCGACCAGAGCCUCCCUUCAGCAGGUGGAUCUGCCGGUCCGCUGUCACCCUGGCCACUUCACCCUAGGCUUCUUGGAAAGCCCCGGCUGAUGAAAGAAAUCAAGUCACUGCAGUGUAUAGUUUCUGAAGAAUGGAAUUAGAGCCAAUGAAAAACAUCAAAUAACCCUGAGUCACACUUAAGAACAUCUCCUGCCUGGCCGUGGCUCUAGGAGUCUGGGUGGUGCCGCCGGGCGGGAGCGACUGCAUUGCUGACAGGAAUCCCCUGGGCUGCUGGUAACGCUCCUCUGCCUUCUCGCCUUGGUCCUGCGUGGCCCCCGCCCCAUCUGGUUUGGCUGCGCUCGACCAUCCCUCCCUGUUCGGUCCAGAGCCCCUUGUACGGAGGCGGCCCCCACGUCAGCGUGGCCUGCAGAAGGGGUGCAUUAGAGGAGCUAGCCCGGGAGAGGCGCCUCUCUGGGUUUGACCUGAGGCUCUGACUUUCGGCAGGACGCCUUGCAGCUGUGUCAGAGCUGAUGCCAUGCGCCGCAGUGUUUCCAGCCAAUCUGCGCUCCUCUGCCCCCCGCCGCCCCGGGUGCUGGGAGACGAGGGGAGGAGCUCUUACGUUUUUGUGGAAAGCUGUGUUAUGGUCAGGUGAUUUGCCACGCUGACUGUCCUCCCCA